AUGCUUUUAGAUCCGUCUAUUAGGUUAAGGGAAGCAGUCACUGCUGGGAACCUUCUGAUAGUCAAAAGGCUGCUAAGAAGGUUUCCGGAUUACCUAACGAAUAUUGAUCCAACGAAUGGGUGGACUUCCUUACAUUAUGCAGCAUAUCAUGGUUGGUAUCUAAUAUGCGUGUACCUAAUACAACUUGGACAUGACAAGAGAGAGAUGAUGAGGACUUUCAAAGGCAAUAACUGCGUUCAUUUGGCUAUGAUGAAUGGUCAUGAACAAACAACACAUCUUUUAUUGCAGCAUUUCCCCCAGCAUAUCGACCGACCUGGACAACACGGAAGAACACCUGUUCACAUUGCAUGCUUACAUAACUAUUACCAAUGUCUUAGUCUCCUUAUGGGAGUGGGUGCGAAGCUGAAACUGCCGGAUGAUGAUGGUGAAACUCCGUUACACAUUUGCUUAGAGUAUGGUAGUAUAAACUGUAUGAAAAUGCUGAUAUUCAAUGGAGGCGUUGCAGAUGAUAAUGUGAAGAAUAAUUAUCAUUGGCGACCUAGUGACGUUGCAGAAACCUUUGAAUUAGGGAAACAGUAUGCUAAACUUCUCAAAGAAUCAGAAAAUUCAGGAGUACGAACAAGAUCAAGUUACAGCUCCUUUAAAACACCGGUCUUGAGCACAAAACCUGUGUUUGACGAUGGCCCAUCGCCGGUUUUGACCAUGAAUUCACCUUAUUCGCUUCCUUCUCACAAUGGUGGCCAUACUCAACUUUCAAAAGUACCAACAUCAAGACCCUCGGGAAUAGGUAUAGUAUCAAAGUCACAAACUGGCAAUCAAUCAUACCAAUCCAGACUGACAUCGAAGAAUUCUUUUUUAACGAAUUCCAGUUCGUCCAUUGAUAGGAAGGAUGGUUCACACGUGCUCACAAAUCCAAAUUCUAAUUCUAAUUCUAAUGCCACCUCCAAUGCAAAUUCUAGGGUUAAUCUUCUGGAUCGAAAACUUACAGGCUCCUCCCCUGAUGUGUCACCAACAAAGAAAGGCGAGCAUGAUGCAAACAGAAGCAGGAAAACAAGUAAUGUUGAAUAUAUCAACAAAUACCUCUCAAGCACUGGUAAUAGCGCUGGCUCAUCAACAGGAAUCACACAAACAGGUAAUGAUGAAAAAAACGAAACCAAUCCAGCAGAGCUUUUGAAAAACAGAAGAAAGGUCUCUCUUUUGAACAUUCCAGUUGAAAAAUUAAGGCAUAAUGACGAUGAGUAA